AUGGUGUUUCUAGUAGUUUUAGAUCACACAAAAAUAUGGCUAUCAAUAGCCACCGCGUUAUCACUUAACUACUUAAGAGAUUUUCACGUGAUAUAUACAAUUUUAGGCGCAUUAAUUACCACUAUAAUAGCCAAAAUUCUUAAGUUAAUAAUUCGCCAACCACGUCCAAAUCGAUCAUUGCCACCAACAACUAACGGUAGUCUUAAUAGCAGUGAUAAUAAAGAUGACAAAAAUCCUCUAGUAAAAUUAAACCAUUACGGAAUGCCAUCAACCCAUUCUUCCUCAAUAAUGUUUUUUGCCACUUACAUCGCUCUCCAUUUAUUCGCCAAAAACUUAGAUUUCUCCGCCACCCUAACAAUACUUGUAAUCCUUGUGAUGACUGCACUUUCUGUCGUGUGGUCACGUGUUGAAUUGGGUCAUCACACAAGAGAACAAGUCUUGGCUGGGAUGACAGAUUUGGGAGGUAAACUUGGGUGGCGGGAGAUCCAAAUUUUUGCUGAAUCGGUUACUGGAUAG